UAUUGUUACGUCGUUUAAGACCUACAGUUUAUUCGCGGCUGAGUUUUUGCGAGGUGUGGUUUUCCUGCUUACAAAAAAGAAUUUCAAGUUCUUCGUCUAAUGUAAUUACUGUUAUUUAGUUGGUUGUGUUCACACAUUGUUCUAAUUUUCUGAUAACAGGUACCUCGAGCAAGCAUAAACAGAGAACGAGCUCGAUUGAUAAAGACAUCUUACCAUGGAUAAGAAUGAGAGAAGUAAAGUAAAAAAUCCACGGGAACAAGCUGGUUUUCUCUCGAUCAUUACGUUCAAGUGGAUAUUUAAGACUUUUCUACUUGGAUAUAAAAGAGAGUUACAAGAGACUGAUCUAUAUUCUCCAUUGAAAGAGCAUCAAAGUAAUCUUUUAGGAGAUUGCAUCGUUAAAAUCUGGGAAGAUGAAGAGAGAAAAUGUAGAACAAAAAAGAAUGGAUCUGCGCCACGAUUGUAUAAAGUACUGACAAAAUGUUUUGGAAGAAAUAUCAUGUUGAUUGGUAUUGCUUUAGCAUUCAUAGAGUUUAUUAGCAGAAUUGCUCAACCAUUGAUACUUGGACAUUUGUUACAUCUCUUGAGUACAAAGAAAGAAGAAGUAGAUCCAGAAAUAUAUUAUUAUGCCAUUGUGUUCAUCUUACUUCCUUUCAUGGACUGUUUCAUUUUCCAUUUAACUUUACAAGAAUUGAUGCACUUUGGAAUGAAAAUGAAAGUAGCCUGUUGUACUUUGAUUUAUAGAAAAAUGCUCAGAUUGUCUAAUUCAGUUUUUGAAGAUGGAACAUCGGCUGGGCAAAUGAUUAAUCUCAUGAGUAACGAUGCUAGCAGAUUAGAUUAUAUAACACAAAGUAUUCAUUAUAUGUGGAUUGGUCCAAUCCAAACAUUGAUCAUUGCUUGUAUUCUUUAUUGGCAAUUAGGAGCAGCACCAGUUGCAGGUUUAGUCCUGUUUUUGUUUUUUAUUCCCCUUCAAGGGUAUAUUGGAAAAAGAGCAGCAAAGCUGAUGCUAUUGUCAGCCCAAAGAACAGACGAAAGAUUGCGACUAAUGAACGAACUAAUUGCUGGUGUACAGAUUAUAAAAAUGUAUGCUUGGGAAAUACCUUUUUCACAAAUCGUCGAAAAAACCAGAAAAAAAGAAAUGAACACAAUAAAGAAAUACUCAAUUGUGCAGCAGAUUGGAAUGACAUUCGAGUCUUAUGUACCACGAAUCUGUCUAUUUAUCUCGAUUUUGACAUACGUUGUUACUGGUAAUUACAUUACCGCAGAGAAAGUCUUCAUGAUAACAUCAUUCUUCAAUGUUAUUAGAAACUCCAUGACUAUUGGAUUUCCAUUGAGUAUUCAUCUACUGGUCGAAGGUUUGGCAUCGAUGCGUCGUAUCGAAAGAUUCAUGAUGCAUAGAGAAAUUGAGAAAAGCGAGGAAAAAACUCAGGAGAUUGGAUCACACGAAGUAGUAUUGAAAAACGUAACAGCAAAGUGGAGCGAUGAGAGCAAAGAAGAUACUCUGAACAGUGUAAAUUUAUCAAUUGAACCUGCUAGCCUAGUAGCAAUCGUGGGGAAGAUAGGUUCUGGUAAAAGCAGUUUAUUACAAGUAAUACUUCAAGAAUUACCAUUGAAGGAAGGCUCUUUAAAAAUUAGUGGAAAGAUAGCUUAUGUUAGUCAACAGCCAUGGAUUUUUGCUUCGUCGAUUAGACAAAACAUACUCUUUGGACGUAGUAUGGAUAAAUCUCGUUACGAGCAAACUAUUCAGGUCUGCCAAUUAAAUGAAGAUAUUGCUUCGUUUCUUCACGGUGAUAGAACAGUCGUUGGUGAAAAAGGAAUAAGUUUGAGCGGUGGUCAACGUGCUCGUAUCAAUCUUGCUAGAGCAGUCUAUGCUGAUGCGGACGUUUAUUUAUUGGACGAUCCACUUUCGGCGGUAGACGCUCGAGUAGGCAGACGUAUUGUCGAGGAUUGCAUAUGCGGAUAUCUAAAAAAUAAAACUAGAAUUUUAGUGACUCAUCAGUUGCAAUUUUUAAGGUGUGCCGAUCAAGUGAUCGUGAUGCAUAACGGGUCGGUUCAGAUUAAAGGUGAUUUUAAUACUCUCGAAGCUUCUGGCAUGGACCUUAACAAGUUUGUCAUUGAGGAAAGGGAAACGAAACUGGAAAAGAAUGAAGAAUUUAUAUAUGAAGGGAAGAUCGAUGAUUUUGAAGGCACGGCGAAUAAACAUAUGAACGAAACAUCGGUACCCGUUGUGGCAGAAAUGAGAACGAUUGGUCAUAUUUCUGCUAAGGUUUACGUCUCCUAUUUUAAAGCAAGUAGAAGUGUUUUGUUGUUGCUAUUGAUGGUUAUACUCUUUGUUUCCUAUCAAAUGGCAGCCAGUGGUGGCGAUUAUUUUGUCGCUUAUUGGGUCAACAUCGAAGAAACUUCCUGGAUCAUUUCAGAAAAUGAUACGCUUCUGUUCAAAUGGAAAGGACCGCUUAAUCGCAUGGAAGUAAUUUACAUUUAUAGUGGGCUUACUGCGUUAACAGCUGCAUCAGCCUUUCUACAAAUGUUUUCUUUUUAUGAAGUCUGUAUGCGGUCUUCCAGAAACUUACAUGCUAGCAUGUUUCGUAGCAUUGUACGCACAAGCAUGUAUUUUUUCAAUAACAAUCCGCUUGGUCGUAUCUUGAACAGAUUCUCCAAGGAUACCGGUGCCCUUGACACAAGAAUGCCUAUUUGUAUGUUCGAUAUUAUAAUUAUUGGUCUUGGAUUAACAGCAGUAAUAACGAUAGUAGGAAGCGUAAAUCCUUGGCUGCUGAUACCUGUCGUGUUUAUUACCAUAAUUAUAUAUUUUUUACGAAAUUUUUAUAUGGCAACCAGUCGUAGCGUUAAACGAUUGGAAGGAAUAAUUAUUUAUCAUGUUUUUGCGAAAGCUCGAUCACCAGUAUUUGAUCACGUAAGCGCAACGCUUCAAGGUCUAGUGACAAUCAGAGCAUUAAAUUCUGAGGAAAUUCUUAUCAGCGAGUUCGACAAUCAUCAAGAUCUUCAUUCUUCUGCUUGGUUCAUCUUCAUCUCGGCUUCACGAGCUUUUGGCAUUUAUAUCGAAUUAGUUUCUUUGGUUUACAACGCGAUUAUAAUCGCAUUUUUCCUUUUUCUGAAGGAUACCGUAGUCAGUGAUGUUGGAUUGGUGAUUACACAAAUUACUACACUCAUCGACAUUUUACAAUGGGGUGUGAGACAAUCGGUUGAGGUGGAAAAUUUAAUGACUUCGACUGAGAGAAUUCUCGAGUAUAGUCAUUUAGAGGAAGAACCUAUGUUGGAUAAUAAUCCAAAAUGUAAACCAUCGAAGGAUUGGCCUAAGUGUGGCCUCGUGGAAUUUAAAAAUGUGAAAUUAAAGUACGGACCGAUAGAACCAUAUGUUUUGAAGGAUAUAACGUUCACGAUAAGUCCAAGAGAGAAGAUUGGUAUUGUUGGUCGUACUGGUUCCGGGAAAUCCUCUUUAAUCAAUGCCCUUUUUCGAUUAUUUAAUGUAGAAGGGGAAAUCUGUAUUGACGGUAUUCCUACCAGUUCAAUAAGUUUGCAUGAUUUUCGUUCAAAGAUCAGUAUUAUUCCUCAAGAACCAAUUCUCUUUAGUGGUAGUCUUCGACGUAACUUGGAUCCAUUCGAAGAGUAUUCUGAUCAUGCACUCUGGCAAGCAUUACAGGAAGUCGAGUUAAGAGAAAUAAUCGAAGAAAUGGCUGCUGGAUUGAAUUCUAGAGUAUUCGAGGGAGGAAUGAAUUUCAGCGUCGGACAACGUCAAUUAUUGUGUUUGGCUCGUGCUAUCAUUAGGAAUAACAGAAUUAUUGUUCUGGAUGAAGCAACGGCAAAUGUUGAUCUUCGUACGGAUUUGCUAAUUCAGCAGACUGUUAGAAAUAAAUUUAAAGAUUGCUCAGUUCUUACGAUAGCACAUAGAUUAAAUACGAUUAUGGAUAGUGAUAAGAUACUCGUGAUGGAUGCUGGCCAUUUGGUGGAAUUUGACCAUCCUUACGUUUUGUUACAAAAUAAUAGUUACUUUUAUCAUAUGGUGCAACAAACUGGUUCUACAAUGGCAACAACACUCAUGGAGAUCGCAAAAAAAGUAAGAAUGGUCUUUAUUUCAUUUGAAAAAUGUUCCUAUACCUUAUCUAAUUUUUGUAUUUUUUCUAGAAUUAUUCUGUGAAUGAUAAUCGGUCGUCACAAUGACAAUAAAAAUAAGUAGGAAUAAUUUUGUAAAUUUUAUUUUUCGUAUUCUAUUAUUUUAUAAUAAAUUACUUUCAUAUUUUUUAUAUAUAAUUUGCUAUAUUCGCGAAGAAACGUCAAUAGAAUUUUAUUAAAACUAUUAACAAUGAUAUGCAACUUGACUUCUCGAUAAUGUUUUUUUCCAAUCGGGCUUCCACCGAAGAUAAUAGCUUGUAAUAAUUUGUAAACAAAUCUUACAUGUCUGAAAAUAUCCUAUUUACUUUGAGCAUUCUCUGAACAUUUCUAACAUUCGGAACAAUAUGUUAUACAUAUAUAUGUACAUAUGCAUAAGAUGUUUUGUGUCUCAUAUUUCUUGCCACGUAUAUUUAAUAUUAGAAAAAGUCAAUAUUACUUAGAAGAUAAAUAAAAUAUACUACUCAUCCUUUUUGUAGUGUCAUGGAGAUACUUUGUAUAAUAUAUUCAACCUGUUUAUUUUUUUGUGUUACAAUAUUAUAAAAUAAUAACUUCUUUUACAUACAUUUUUUUUAUAUAAAUAUUGAAUUUUAUAUCUGAAUGUAGGCAUUACUCCGCACUUUUGUAAUAUUAUAAUGGACUGUGAACAACUAUAUUUCCUAAGAUAGGAUAUCCCAAACUUUUAUGGGCUGAGAUCUAUUUUCGAGAAUGGUUAUUUUUAUCUUAUCUUUAAAUUAACAUUUCUAAUAAACGUGUAAACCACUUCGGAUUUUAAUAUUUAAAGCGAUUCUCAUUUUGGAAAUCUCUGACCUAAGGUAUGGUAAAAUUUUGCUAUUAAGGAUGUAUGUAACUUUCAAACAGUAAAGAGAAACACCUAUUUUUCUUUAACAAAUCUGUAUUAUUUAUAUAAUUAAACUUUUUUUU